GCUCAUUUGAAGUUAAAGAUAGAGGCAGCAGCACAAGCUGUGUCCUGACAGUUUCUAUUUCAGAUAUCUGACUGUAGCUAAGCUAACCACCGUCCAACUGAGGCUGGCUGCUUUUGUUGUCAUGCUUGCCUGGUAGAGAGGGCUUUAUACUCUGUACAGUUGUUGUUAAGAAAGACAAGCCUUUGGAGUAGCACACAGACAGACAAGGAGAAGGAAACAGAGGAACAUGGUACAUUCUGAAGGAAUGAUUGAAGAUUGUGGGAGGAGUGGCGACAUCAUGGCGGAGAGACGACAACUGUUCGCAGAGAUGCGGGCGCAAGAGUUGGAUUCCAUAAGAUUGUCCACGUAUAGAACUGCUUGCAAACUCAGAUUUGUUCAGAAGAAAUGCAAUCUCCAUUUGGUGGACAUAUGGAACGUGAUCGAGGCGUUCAGAGAGAACGGUCUGAACACCAUGGACCUCAACACAGAGUUCACUGUGGCUCGCCUGGAAGCAAUACUAUCGACCAUCUUCUACCAGCUCAACAAGCGCAUGCCCACCACACACCAGAUCAAUGUGGAACAGUCCAUCAAUCUGCUACUCAACUUUCUCCUUGCUGCCUAUGACCCGGAAGGCCUCGGAAAAAUGUCUGUCUUUGUUGUGAAGAUGGCCCUGGCAACCAUCUGCGGAGGAAAGAUUUUGGAUAAAUUAAGAUAUAUUUUUUCACAGAUAUCAGACCCUGGUGGCAUAAUGGUGUAUUCCCAAUUCGACCAGUUUCUGAGGGAGGUUCUCAAAUUGCCAAUGACUGUUUUUGAGGGGCCUUCCUUUGGCUAUACUGAGCAAGCCACAAGAACCUGCUUUACACAGCAGAAAAAGGUCUCCCUCAACACAUUCCUGGACACGAUGAUGUCAGAUCCUCCUCCUCAGUGUCUGGUGUGGUUACCACUCGUGCAUCGCUUGGCUAAUGUGGAGAAUGUGUUCCACCCGGUCGAGUGCUCCUACUGCCACAGUGAGAGUAUAAUGGGCUUCCGCUACCGUUGCCAACAAUGUCAUAAUUACCAGCUCUGUCAGGACUGCUUCUGGAGGGGGCAUGCCAGCGGUUCCCAUAGUAACCAGCACCAAAUGAAGGAGUACACGUCAUGGAAAUCGCCUGCUAAGAAGUUAUCUAAUGCUCUCAGCAAGUCACUGAGCUGUGCAUCCAGCAGAGAACCUUUACACCCCAUGUUUCCUGACAUGCCAGAAAAACCUCUGAACCUAGCCCACAUUGUGCCUCCCAGACCAAUGAAUAGCACCAAUGACUUCAUGCUCUCCCACUCCAUGCCCACAUCAGGGAACCCUUACUCCACUAAGAAUUUGCUGGAGAGCAGUUCCCACCAGGAGGAAGAGCACAGUCUCGUCGCCCGCUACACUGCUAGACUGGCCUCUGACGCAGCCUCCGCGCAACAGCAGCAGAGGGUCCCCAACGACAUCUUUUUCUCUCUGGAUGCCAACAAGCAGCAGAGGCAGCUUAUUGCUGAGCUAGAGAGCAAAAACAGAGAGAUCUUGCAGGAGAUCCAGCGUCUGAGAGUGCAGCACGAGCAGGCCUCCCAGCCUCCCACAUGCACGUCCCAACAGAACCCCACUCUGCUGGCCGAGCUACGGCUUCUCAGGCAACGCAAAGAUGAGCUGGAGCAGAGGAUGUCUGCUCUGCAGGAGAGUCGCAGGGAACUCAUGGUACAGCUGGAGCAGCUGAUGCUGCUGCUGAAGGAGGAGGAAAGGAAGCAAGCUACUCAGGGACCUGGCUCCCCCCGCUUGUCUCCCAGCCACACAGUCAGUCGGCCCAUCCCCAUGCCAAGCCAGGCAGAGUCUGCCGGCACCACACCCACUCACACCCCUCAGGACUCACUCAUGGGUGUGGGAGGGGACGUGCAGGAGGCCUUCGCUCAGGGCCCCAGGAGGAACUUGAGAAAUGACCUCCUUGUUGCUGCUGACUCCAUCACCAACACCAUGUCUUCAUUGGUUAAAGAGCUCAAUUCAGAGGCUGGAAGUCAAUCAGAGAGCAACAUGGACUCUCAGACAGAUGAACUGUUCUCCUCUCCCACUUCCGAUCUUCCAGCACAGAUGACCACUAAACCACGUGUUGGUGGCAGGAACCCUGGUGGAGUUGAGGAGGAGUGCUAUGAGAACGACUUGGUUCAGGUGCUGGAGGAUGAGCUGAAGAUGGGGGAACUACUAAAACACAGACGGGAGUAAGAGAAAACCCAUAUGGUGGCCUAUGGUGACUUUGCAGCAAUGACCUUGUUUAACAAGUCUCCUGGUAAGCAAUAUGAAAAGCCACAAAAGUAGAAAAACACUGGAAGAUGGAUGAGAAGAGAAGGCAUAUAGAGAAGGCUGUGAAGAGAUGAUGGUCCACAUGCAUGCAAGACGAGCUAAAAAAGAAGUGACAAGGAGGAAGGCUCAAAGUUAUGACACUGCUAAAUCCAACAAUAGAAUACAUAGUAAUAUUAUGUAAAGAUCUAUUUUUUAAACCAACAGCAUUUUUAAGUGAAUACUGUGAACCGAUAUGGAGGGAUUAUUAAACAAAACAGCUGUCUAUUAUACCACCGGUGCCAUAAAAUCAAAUAACUUUGUUGAGAAUUAUUUGAUUUUUAAUCAUAUUAUUUUUGGGUAUGAGUUGUUGAAGAAUUGUGCAAGUAUAUGCUGUAGUUCAUUUUUCCCUGGGGCCACAUUCGGUCUUCAACGAGGGUCGCACUGAAUUGUUUAAAAUAUUUCCUUGCUGUCUAAAUUUGCAAAAAAUUGUCCUCUAUCCAUCAUUUUGGGAAUUUUCUAUGCUCUCUGACUGUUUAGUGUUUAUUAGCAAGCUGGACUGUCAAUAAACUGUAUGAGUAUAGGUCCAAUAUCAUUUCUACACAGUUUUGCUUAGAUUUUAGUCCUUUUUUUCAUUUUAAAGUAUAUUUUUACUCAAACCACCCACGGGCCUGAUUGGACACCCUCCGACCUGCGGGCCGUAUGUUUGGCACUCCAGCUGUAUUUGUAUUGCUGGUGAGAUUGCUUUUUAAACCAAAUAGUAAACUUGGUAUAUGUGUAAACUGAGGCACAACUGUCUAUAACCCAGAGGGUAGCUACAGUAUGUCUGACGCUAUGACCUGGUUGGCCCAUCAGUCGAAUGAUACUGGUGUUGUAUCGCUUUUGUAUUUGUUGUUUGACCGUUUAGCUUUUUGAUUGACCUAUUGAAAGAGUGGCUUGUCAGAUAGUUUAUUUUAUUUGCCUUAGCUGGUUAGCCUAGCUCACCUUUGGAUGGGGUACAGUCAGACCAUCAAUGCAGCAUGUACUGUAGCUAACAUUGUUCCAGCCACUGAUAAAUUUACAUUCACUGUCAAAAUCACUUUGUUUAUUUCACCCACAAGUAUUGCCUAGUAGUUAAUAGUACUGUAUUACGUAAUACAACUUUGCAGCAGGGGAACAAUGUUAUUUGCCUUCUUCUGCAUGUUGUUUGCCACAUUGCAAAUUUGAUUUAAUUCCUCCUGGAGUACUAAGAGAAUGAGACAGUAAAAGACAAAGAAGCUGAACCUAUGACACAUCUAAUGCUGGAAAGUGAUAUUGUCUACUGAAGGAUUUUGUUAACUAAUAUUGAUUUAGAGUUAUAGUUGAGUUUAUUUUAUUAAUAGCUGCUUGAGAUUUGAAGAUGUGACGACAUAAAUUAAAUUGGAGUAGGGAGUACAGUACGUAGAUAGUACAUAGAAUGGACAGUACAGUACAUACAGUGAGGGAAAAAAGUAUUUGAUCCCCUGCUGAUUUUGUACGUUUGCCCACUGACAAAGAAAUGAUUAGUCUCAAAUUUUAAUAGUAGGUUUAUUUGAACAGUGAGAGACAGAAUAACAACAAAAAAAUCCCCAAAACGCAUGUCAAAAAUGAAAAAUGUUAUAAAUUGAUUUGCAUUUUAAUAAGGGAAAUAAGUAUUUGACCCCUCUGCAAAACAUGACUUAGUACUUGGUGGCAAAGCCCUUGUUGGCAAUCACAGAGGUCAGACGUUUCUUGUAGUUGGCCACCAGGUUUGCACACAUCUCAGGAGGGAUUUUGUCCCACUCCUCUUUGCAGAUCUUCUCCAAGUCAUUAAGGUUUCGAGGCUGACGUUUGGCAACUCGAACCUUCAGCUCCCUCCACAGAUUUUCUAUGGGAUUAAAGUCUGGAGACUGGCUAGGCCACUCCAGGACCUUAAUGUGCUUCUUCUUGAGCCACUCCGUGUGUUUUGGGUCCUUGACAUGCUGGAAUACCCAUCCACGACCCAUUUUCAAUGCCCUGGAUGAGGGAAGGAGGUUCUCACCCAAGAUUUGACGGUACAUGGCCCCGUCCAUCGUCCCUUCGAUGCAGUGAAAUUAUCCUGUCCCCUUAGCAGAAAAACACCCCCAAAGCAUAAUGUUUCCACCUCCAUGUUUGACGGUGGGGAUGGAGUUCUUGGGGUCAUAGGCAGCAUUCCUCCUCCUCCAAACACGGUGAGUUGAGUUGAUGCCAAAGAGCUCCAUUUUGGUCUCAUCUGACCACAACACUUUCACCCAGUUGUUCUCUGAAUCAUUCAGAUGUUCAUUGGCAAACGUCAGACGGGCAUGUAUAUGUGCAUUCUUGAGCAGGGGGACCUUGCGGGCACUGCAGGAUUUCAGUCCUUCACGGCGUAGUGUGUUACCAAUUGUUUUCUUGGUGACUAUGGUCCCAGCUGCCUUGAGAUCAUUGACAAGAUCCUCCCGUGUAGUUCUGGGCUGAUUCCUCACCGUUCUCAUGAUCAUUGCAAAUCCACGAGGUGAGAUCUUGCAUGGACCCCCAGGCCGAGGGAGAUUGACAGUUCUUUUGUGUUUCUUCCAUUUGCGAAUAAUCGCACCAACUGUUGUCACCUUCUCACCAAGCUGCUUGGCGAUGGUCUUGUAGCCCAUUCCAGCCUUGUGUAGGUCUACAAUCUUGUCCCUGACAUCCUUGGAGAGCUCUUUGGUCUUAGCCAUGGUGGAGAGUUUGGAAUCUGAUUGAUUGAUUGCUUCUGUGGACAGGUGUCUUUUAUACAGGUAACAAACUGAGAUUAGGAGCACUCCCUUUUAAGAGUGUGCUCCUAAUCUCAGCCCGUUACCUGUAUAAAAAGACACAUGGGAGCCAGAAAUCUUUCUGAUUGAGAGGGGGUGAAAUACUUAUUUCCCUCAUUAAAAUGCAAAUCAAUUUAUAACAUUUUUGACAUGCGUUUUUCUGGAUUUUUUUGUUGUCAUUCUGUCUCUGUUCAAAUAAACCUAUCAUUAAAAAUUAUAGACUCAUAAUUUCCUUGUCAGUGGGCAAACUUACAAAAUCAGCAGGGGAUCAAAUACUUUUUUCCCUCACUGUAUAACGGACAACAUUGUUCAUAACACUCCAGAUUCUAAGGUUUACACUUGCAAGAACAGAGGACAUUGUUUGUUUACCAUGUUUUAGAAUCAAUAUCCUCUGUUUUACCAUAGAUUUUGAAGUUGCAUUGUCAUUUAAAUGUUCAAAUUAUUAGCGUUCUUAUACUCACUCACACACAAAUCUCUCAGCAACAUACACUCAAAGACACUCACAGUCACACACUUGGUAACCAAGCUCAUUGUGUGCAAAUGUUACCCAGUUACUUUAAAAUAUGUGGUACAAGCCAAUAAAUGUGUGAAAUAUAUCUAGUAUGAUUUUCAAGCUAGUUCGUAUAAGUGAUUUUGCAUGGUGGUGAUGAUGCAUAAUAAAGAAUUGACACAACAUGAUAAUGUUGUUGCCUAUGA